GAGGUGGUGGUACAUGACACACAGAAAAACCAUUCCAAACAUUGCUUUUACUGCUUUUCACAAAAGAAAGAAGACUCUCACCUCUCUCUCUCUCUCUCCAUCUUCCACAUAUUGAUCUUGAUCAUCCCUCUCAUCCAUGGACACUGCUCAAUGGCCACAGGAGAUUGUGGUGAAAAGAAUAGAAGAGAUAGUAGUCACAAACAACAAUUUGGAGAAGAAGACGAGGCCUCACAAGGAACAAGCCAUAAACUGCCCAAGAUGCAAUUCAACAAACACAAAGUUUUGCUACUACAACAAUUAUAGUCUCACUCAACCAAGGUACUUUUGCAAGACUUGCAGAAGGUAUUGGACUGAAGGAGGGUCUCUUAGAAACAUCCCUGUUGGUGGUGGUUCAAGGAAGAACAAGAGAUCAUCAUCAUCUAAUUCUUCUUCUUCUUCUUCUAAGCUUCCAAAUCCUAACAAGAUCCCUGAUCAAGGCCAAGAUCUCAACCUUGCCUUCCCAAACUCUAUUAAUCAUGACACCAGUGAAAAGAUUUUGUCUUCUACUACUACCACAAAUACUACUACUAGUAGUACUUUGAAUCAUAACAAUCAUGAUCAGCUUUCAGCUUUGGAGCUAAUAACUGGGAUUUCCUCAAGAGGGUUGAAUUCUUUCAUGCCAAUGAAUCUUGUUCAAGAUCCAAACUCAGCUUACACAUCUGGGUUUCCAAUUUUGCAUGAUUUCAAGCAGCCAACAAUGACACCCACCACCUUGAAUUUCUCUCUUGAUCAUGGGCUUGGAAGUAGUGGUGGGUUUCCAUUUGAAGAUCUAAAGCAAGUCUCAAGCACUAAUAUUAGUGAUAUUGAGCAAGAUAGAGGAGAAGUACAUGGAGAUUCACCUGGGUAUUGGACUGGUAUGUUAGGAGGUGGAUCAUGGUAAUCAAAGAUCUAAAACCCAGAAACAAAAUUUAGUCUUUCCUCCUCCCUUUUAUUAAAAUUCUCUUUUUAUUUGGUGGGUGGUGGUGACUUGUUUGCAUUUUUCUUCCUGACUAACAGAGAUAGGAUACAUGGGUUCUCUCUAUCUUUCUCUUUUCCUUUUAAUAAGCUUCAUUUUAAGUAGCUUAACAAAGGUGAGAUGGACUCUCUUCUCUGUGUGUGUGUGUGUGUGUGUGUAAAGAUAGAAGAAGAAGAGUGUUAUAACUAGCUAGCCAGCUAUCCCUAGAAUACUUUAGGGUUCUUAAUUUGUCAAUUCUCUUGAAAGAGCAGAAAGAAACCCCAGUAUUAAUCAAGUAUUAUUGGUUGGCUUGGUACAAAAGUGUAAUUUAAAUAUAAAUUGCAUGCUUCUUUUUUUU